UUCAUUCCUUCAUUCAUUUUUCUUGUACUCUGUCAAACUCCCACACUCGAAACCGACCAAAAUGCAGUACAAGAACCUCGGCCGAUCGGGGCUCAAAGUGAGUCAACUCGCCUACGGAUCAUGGGUGAGCUUCGGCAACCAGCUCGAUGUCAAGGAAGCAAAGUCGAUCCUGCAGUGUUGCCGGGACCACGGCGUCAACUUUUUCGACAAUGCCGAGGUCUACGCCAACGGCCGUGCCGAGGAAAUUAUGGGACAGGCUAUCCGUGAACUGGGUUGGAAGCGUUCUGAUAUCGUUGUUUCCACCAAGAUCUUCUGGGGUGGACCGGGCCCCAACGAUAAGGGUCUCUCCAGGAAGCAUAUUGUUGAGGGCACCAAAGCUUCCUUGAAACGCCUUGAUAUGGAUUAUGUCGAUGUUAUUUAUUGUCACAGGCCAGACACAUCAACGCCGACUGAAGAAACAGUCAGGGCGAUGAAUUAUGUGAUUGAUAAGGGAUGGGCAUUUUACUGGGGGACAAGUGAGUGGUCUGCACAACAGAUCACUGAGGCUUGGGGAAUAGCGGAGAGGUUGGAUUUGGUUGGGCCAAUAGUUGAACAACCUGAGUAUAAUUUGUUGUCCAGGCACAAGGUUGAAUCCGAGUACCUUCCCAUCUACAACAACUAUGGCAUAGGUCUUUCUACAUGGAGUCCACUUGCAUCUGGGGUGCUCACUGGAAAGUACAAUAAGGGAACUAUACCACCUGACAGUCGGUUCGCAUUGGAAAAUUACAAAAAUCUCGCAAACCGAUCAUUGGUUGAUGAUGUGCUGAAGAAAGUUAACGGGCUGAAGCCAAUUGCUGAUGAGCUAGGCAUAUCCUUAGCUCAACUUGGAAUUGCAUGGUGUGCAACAAAUCCUCAUGUGUCUUCAGUUAUUACUGGUGCCACCAAGGAAUCUCAGAUUCAAGAGAACAUGAAAGCCAUCAAUGCCAUUCCAUUGUUGACCCCUGCGGUGUUGGAGAAGAUUGAGAAUGUUGUUCAAAGCAAACCAAAGCGUCCAGAUUCAUAUAGGUAGAUGCAGAAUAUUUAUCAGCUCCUUUGUAUUACUGGGUGCUUUUUAGGAUGCUUCAUUGUUUUAGUGUACCUGAUGCACGUAUGUCUUGUUUUGUUAUCACCACGUGCGUCUGAUUUUUUAGUUACUCUUUCUCUGCUUUUGACUUUGGAGAUUUUCGGAUAUGAUAUCUUGAAAGAAAAAAAAAGAAAUCAUAUACUCUA